AGUCAACGUUGUCAUGUUCGAAUGAUAAUUAUAAAUACCACGAAGUUGGAUGUAUGGUCAAAACUGUGUUAACUAAGUGAGAGAACGCACUAAGCUGUGAGCUAAGGACUGAGCUCAAACAUGAAUCUCUUGGGGUAUCUGAUCACGCUGGUUAAUCUUCAGAGCUUCGACAAAUCAGCUGGUCCCGUUAAAGAUCUGUCAAUAAAGGUGGCCGAGUUGCAAACUCUUACAAAUGAAUUGCGAAUGAUACCGGGAUUGGACCUCGAUGGGUUCAAAGCCACCGGCUAUUACCGGGUAGGGGACGUGGGGAAAUACCUGUCAAGAAACCUCCGGGACUACAUUUACUCUGGAGAAGGUAACCCGAAAGAUGAAGGAGUAGUUUUGACCCUGUUCUUUAAAGAUGGCCCGAUCAACCUAGAAGAUGAGAAUCUAACUUAUUUCCUCCAUAAGAAAAUUGGCAAUGAAGAAAGGGAGCAAGUGAGAGCCAUUCUGGACGGCUAAAACUACGGUUGGAAAAGUCUGCCCAUUCCGAACCG